AAGUAGCUGCUGGUAGUGGUGACAAUGUCAAAUAACGGCCUAGACAUUCAAGACAAACCCCCAGCCCCUCCGAUGAGAAAUACCAGCACUAUGAUUGGAGCUGGCAGCAAAGAUGCUGGAACCCUAAACCAUGGUUCCAAACCUCUGCCUCCAAACCCAGAGGAGAAGAAAAAGAAGGACGGAUUUUAUCGAAGCAUCUUACCUGGAGAUAAAACAAAUAAAAAGAAGGAAAAGGAACGGCCGGAGAUUUCUCUUCCUUCAGAUUUUGAGCACACAAUUCAUAUUGGUUUUGAUGCUGUCACAGGUGAGUUUACAAGGAUGCCAGAGCAGUGGGCCCACUUGCUUCAGACAUCAAAUAUCACUAAGUCGGAGCAGAAGAAAAACCCACAGGCUGUUCUGGAUGUAUUGGAAUUUUAUAACUCGAAGACCUCCAACAGCCAGAAAUACAUGAGCUUUACAGAUAAAUCAGCUGAGGAUUAUAAUUCUUCUAACACUUUGAAUGUGAAGACUGUGUCUGAGACCCCUGCAGUGCCACCAGUUUCAGAAGAUGAAGAUGAUGACGAUGAUGCUACCCCACCUCCAGUGAUUGCUCCACGCCCAGAGCAUACAAAAUCUGUAUACACACGGUCCGUGAUUGAACCACUUCCUAUUACUCCAACUCGGGAUGUGGCUACAUCUCCCAUUUCACCUACUGAGAAUAAUACCACUCCACGAGAUGCUCUGACUCGGAAUACUGAGAAGCAGAAGCAGAAGCCUAAAAUGUCUGAUGAGGAGCUCUUGGAGAAAUUACGGAGCAUAGUGAGUGUGGGCGAUCCUAAGAAGAAAUACACACGGUUUGAGAAGAUUGGACAAGGUGCUUCGGGCACUGUGUACACUGCAAUGGAUGUGGCCACAGGACAGGAGGUGGCCAUUAAGCAGAUGAACCUUCAGCAGCAGCCGAAGAAAGAGCUGAUUAUUAAUGAGAUCCUGGUCAUGAGGGUAAACAAGAACCCAAAUAUUGUGAACUAUUUGGACAGUUACCUCGUGGGAGAUGAGCUGUGGGUUGUCAUGGAAUAUUUGGCUGGAGGUUCUUUGACAGAUGUGGUAACAGAAACCUGCAUGGAUGAAGGCCAGAUUGCAGCUAUGUGCCGUGAGUGCCUGCAGGCUUUGGAGUUUCUUCAUUUGAACCAAGUUAUUCAUAGAGACAUCAAGAGUGACAACAUCCUGUUGGGAAUGGAUGGCUCCGUCAAGCUAACUGAUUUUGGAUUCUGUGCCCAGAACACCCCAGAGCAGAGCAAACGGAGCACCAUGGUGGGAACACCAUACUGGAUGGCACCAGGGGUUGUGACACAGAACGCCUAUGGACCUAAGGUUGACAUUUGGUCCCUAGGCAUCAUGGCCAUUGAAAUGAUUGAAGGGGAGCCCCCAUACCUCAAUGAAAACCCUCUGAGAGCCUUGUACCUCAUCGCCACCAAUGGAACUCCGGAGCUUCAGAACCCAGAGAAGCUGUCAGCUAUCUUCUGAGACUUUCUGAACCGCUGUCUUGAAAUGGAUGUGGAAAAGAGAGGUUCAGCUAAAGAGC